AAAUUGACCCUAGUGAACUCCAGCCGAUGACAAGAAACAACACAAAGUCGACGUUUUCCUUCGUUCUUCGACAGAGUAAGGCGGAUAUGGCAGAGGCAAGCACGCACGACAAGAACGUCUCCUUAUACAAGGGUAAUGUCGUCAAAGUUGAAUGCCUGGACCACAAGGGCCUGUAUGUGACAUCACAGCUGCUGAAGGAGCUACAGCAGAUGCGAGCCAUCAACCACCCUAACCUGCUGAGAUUUAUCGGCCUUUGUUUGGAGGCCGAUGAGAAGUUUAUGGUCACAGAACACUGUCCCAAAGGAGCGUUGGCGGAAGUCGUCAUGGACGAGACGUUCACACUGGACCUAGUGUUUUCCUUGUCAAUCUUGAACGACAUUGUCCAGGCCCUCAUGUACAUCCACAAACAACCCAUCCGUGUCCACGGGCGACUGACUAGCGAGGCAUGCCUCAUUGACUCACGCUUCUCGGUCAAGGUCGCCCAUUACGGUCUACCGACCAUUUACGACAACACAAAACGUCACGAAAAGGAUUUACUUUGGAUGGCACCGGAAGUACUAAGAUCAGGAGGGAAGGCAACACCGGAAGCAGACGUGUACAGUGUGGGGAUCAUCAUCUCGGAGAUCUUAACAAGGGACGCGCCGUUUGGACAAGAGCGAGAGUUGUACUCCAUCAACGAGAUCGUAUCCAGAAUCAAAGAACACCUGGACUUCCCCCUUAGGCCAGGCUUCCAGACCGCCCCUGACAUGGGGGUCAUAGGUCAGCUGAUGGAGAAAUGCUGGGAGGAGGACCCGACUAAAAGGCUGCCACUUCUCAAAUUAUCCAGUUCCUUGCGUUCACUGAUGGCGUAA